GCACCUUCCCGGAAACCAAUCCCCGGUGAGCCUCGGUGAGCUUAUCGCUAUCGCACCGCUGUGGGGUAAAGUACACCAAAAUUUCCAAAUCCUCCACCCCCACCAAGCCGUCACCGAUUCGACAUUACCACCAAACAUCCCCCGUCCUGCAAAAUCUCCAAGACCGCAAAAAUGGCCAAGAAGAAGGGACCCUCCGGCCGCUCCCGCGCCGCCCGCCGCGCCACCUCCCCCGGCAUCGACACCGACAAGUCGCUAAAGGACGUCAGGCCGCCCUCCAGCACCAGCGCCACCACGCGGCCCUCGGUGCUCGCCGUGCACCAGUCCGCGGGCGUGCAGAAGAAGUCCAAGAGCGGGCGCAAGAGCCAAAUGUCUGCCCGGGCGCGCCGGCGCCACGAGAAGGGCCUCGAGAUGGCCGAGGCCGUCAUCGAGCGCACCUACCACAAGGUCGAAAAGAGCAUUGACCGCGGGCGCAGCGUCAAGCAGCGCAGCAAGGCGUGGGAGGAUAUCAACAGGAUUGCCGAGGCUGAGGAGCAGCGCGAAAAGGAGCUGAAGGAGGCUGAGGGUGGUGAUGGGUGGGAGACGGACGAGGACAUGGGCGGCGCAAACGGAGACGCAGUGACAGCACCCGCUGUGGCUGCUCCUGUGCCAGCAGCUGCUGUGCCGUUGCCUAUGGAUGAUGAUGACGAAAUUCUCUGAACAGUUGCGACACUUGCGAUGCUACGUAAACGGGAUUGGGGUCGGAGUUUGGGUGUGCAAAAUUCGGGUCAUUGCCUUUUAGAGGGAUACGGGUUAUGUAUGCGGCCUGAUGAAUGAUUGGCCUUGGUUUCUUUCUUUUGCUACCUAGGUUGUAGACUCGCCUAUUUGGCAGAGAUACCCAGAGUAUAUACUAUUGAUACAUAUA